GAGGAGAGCCAUGGCAGAUCCUUUGCCUGGAUCCAGCCUGUGGGCUGCCGCGCGCCCAUGCGUUUCGUCCUGAAGACCAAAGCGGGACAGGAAAACGUGCGACUCCCGGUCCGCGCGAACUUCAAGUACGAUGCGAGUCUGUUCACCGGGCACUCGGUGGCGGAAGCCGCGAACCUGGGGGGGAGUCUGGUGCACCGGAAGAAAAACCAGCGGGUAAACGGCGGCAAGAGUUUGAUGGGCGACCUGGGCUUGUCUUUCCCCGCGGGACAGGAGUACAUCGUCGUCAUCGUUGGCCUAUCAAACGCAAAAAUGUCUGGGUCUGGAAGGUUUGAACUUGUGAUGGUAACUUUGGACUCUAAAAGAAUCUGUAUUCCAUGACCAGCAAGAGGAGUCUAGUUUGUGCUACGCGGGGAGGGCGUUGGUCAUGCGGAGUAGGCAUCAGGAAGCCCUCUAAAAAUCUGUGAUGCUAGGCCGUGCAUUACAGACAUCCUGGGCCAUGCAAAAUAUGCAUGACAAACCCGGCAACAUUGCAGACCCAGACACUUUUGCAUUUGAUAUGGCCCGGACUUUCCGCAGUGGCUGACGGGGAUUGAUUCGGCCGCGGUCGAGGGGAACGCGGCAAGUCCAGCCAGUGUGACCGUGCCGACCGCGACGGUCUCUCCCUCUCCGUACAAAGAGAUCGCGACGGAGGCCGCCCUGAACAGCGCUAGCGAACCGGAAUUCCUGAACUUCCGCGACGCGCUGACGAAGAUCAUCGCACUGGGGGAGGUGGGUUGGCAACAGCUGGACGGCGCGUUCGAAAACGCGAAGGAGCUCGUCGAAAUGAACUUUACCGACUACGAACACACCGUGUUCAACGCGACGCGCCUCGAGCGCUUCUGCCAGUUUCAUCCCGGCGUGUGCGACCAGCUGCCGGCCGUCACCAGCCCCCGGUCGCGGUUGCGGCGGCGGCUCCAGGCCGGCGAAACCUCCUCGGGCUCCAUUGCGGUCUUCCCGCUCGUCUCCUCGCUGGAAAAAGCCUUCCGCGGCACGGUUGCGGUGGUGCUGAAGGAUUUGAACAGCUGGGACGUAUCCGCCGCAACCAGUCUCGCGGGGUUAUUCGAGAACGCAACAAGCAUCACCAAUUUGGACAUGUCCGCGUGGCAGACCGGCACGGUGAAAGACUACUCCAGUCUGUUCGCCUUCACGAAACUGGCCAACCCGGACACGCAGUUUUGGAACACGGGGAAGGGGCAAAACUUCAGCGGGAUGGUGGUUCACAGCGAAGGUGCCAACUUGAAUACGACGAACUGGGACAUGAAGUCCGCGUUGGACUUUACCAAGAUGUUUUCAUUCUCUAAGGCCGCGGACCCGGAUGUCUCCAAGUGGGACACGAGCAAAGUAUUGACCCUUCGCUCUAUGUUCGAAUCCGCGGAAGUGGCCGCUCCAGUUACCUUCUUGUGGAACACACAGAUGAUCACCAGCAUGAAGCGGUUCAUUUUCAAUGCGCCGCGGGCGAGGUUGGACAUCGGGCCGUAUUGGAAAACGGUAGGGCUCACAAACCUGUCCUACAUGUUCGAGGGGGCGUACUUCAACCCGAAUGUAACGAAUUGGGACGUUUCCGAAGUGCUUGAUAUGCGGUUUAUGUUCUACAACAUAUUGAGAGAAAAAAUCCAUCCUCCCCAUAUUGAUAAGGUAUGUUUCCGAAAAUUUGUGUUGCUGAUUUGUGGCCACAAAUCCUGUCUGUCUUGCUAGAGGACAAAUCCAGGCUCUCUGCAACGCGAUGCAGGCGAUUUGUAAUGCUGUAAGGACUACAGGACAGCCGUGCACCAUGCUAGGCGCCUACACCAAAAGGGCCCCAUCUAGGCUUGCGAUCUGCGUGCCGUCCUCUACUGCAAGACGGAUCUGAUUUGUGUACGCAGAUCCUCCAUCACAGAUUUCCUUUUCGAUAUGGGGAGGGGGGAUUUUUCCUAUUGAUACAACAGCACGGGUGCGGCGCCAGAUGUGUCUAAGUGGAACACCUCCGUGACGCAAAAUAUGCGGUCGAUGUUCGCCUAUACGACGAAGGCCAACCCCGACGUAUCCAAGUGGGACAUCACCGCGGUCACCAACAUGGAUUUCAUGUUCCAGCACGCAGAAUACGCGGACUCGCCGGUGAAAAACUGGAACCAAAAAUUUGGCCCAGCUUUGAAAAGGAUGCGGUCGCUGUUCCAGGGCACCCUGCGGGCCGACCCCAACGUGACGGGGUGGAACUUGUCCGGCGUCACCGACCUCGGCGAGAUGUUCGAAAACUCGGUGAAAGCAAAUCCCAACGUGACUUUAUGGGACGUGGGGAAGGUGAAAAACAUGACCCGGAUGUUUGCCGAGUCGCAUGCCGCGGACCCCGACUGCACAGAGUGGGACGUCAGUUCGGUUACAACGUUCAAGGAAAUGUUUUUCGGGAGUAGAAAUGCGACGUUGGAGGGGGCAACCAGGAAAUGGAAGUUCAGAGAGUCGGCGCUUGCCUACGACCGGUUGCGAAAGGUCCGGCAGCGCCGUGUCCUGGGUAGUAGUUCGAGAGCAGACGAGUCGGACGGCUCUUCUGGUGAUGUGCAAAGAAGGACGUCGGCAGCUACACGGGGAGGAAAGAACAGCGGCGAAAUCUUCACGACCGACACAACUUCUUCUCCGCUUCAGCCACUCGACCGCGAUCAACAUGCGGACAAGGAAUCACUUGCUGCCGACCGCAACAGAUGGAUCGACGCUGAGACCAAGUACAGAAAAGUGAACCGGCAAAACUUGACGAGCCGCCACUCGGACGCUGCCGCCGCACGGAUCGCAGCGGCAGGCGGCGAGCCGCACGUGAAGCGCGGCAUUCUUGCGUGGUUUCUGCACAACAUCUCCGUUGCGCAAAACUUCAGCCACCUGGUUUACCAACUACAGGAGUUCAAUGUGAGCAAAGUGUUGGCGCAGUUCCACGAAGAGGACGAGGGCGGCACGACUGGGCUCUCUCGGCGCCCUCGCGCACGAAUACGCAACAAGCUCAACAGUGUAGUGCCGGCAGAGGGGGAAGAUGAGGAGGACGACGGUCCGGCCGAGGAAGGCAAGCGCCUCCUCUUCUCCCCUGCACCUGCUAGGACAUCAACAUUUGAAGAAGAUGAAAGUGAUUUCUACUACGGAGCCGAAGGCUACGGAGCCGAAGUGGACAACUUCUUUGCGGAAGAAGUGAUGCCUCGAGUUUCCAGCGGAAACCCUACACUGGACCGGUUGCGGGAGAGAUUUUCUCCCCUCCCCGCCAUCCGGCGGUUUCUGGGCAGCUUCGCCAACGCGUACUACCCACUGGACAACGAGGUUGAGUACGGCCCUCCCGGAACGGUGCCGGACUUUGUGGAUUCGUUUUCGCCGGCGGAGUACGAUGUGGAAUUCAUCGACAUGGAGAGUAUGUUCAGCCACAGCCACAAAGCGAACCCGGACACCACCUACUGGAACAUGCAGUGGGUCCGCAAUUUGAAGAACAUGUUCUCGUUCAGCCACUUUGCGAACCCCAACGUGGCCUACUGGAACACGCGCGGCGCGACGGACCUGAGCCACAUGUUCGAGAGCGCGCGGCGCGCGAAUCCCUGCUCCCUGUAUUGGAACACGCUGAACGUCCGGAACUACAGCUUUUUCCUCGCGAACGCCAGCUGCAGUGGCAAUCUGGUCGACUCGGGGAACUUGCCGCUGCAGGAACCAGGUUUCCGCACCAGCAUGCUGGCCCGGAUGGACAAGCGGCUCAUCGACGUGCUCGUCGACGGCAAGCUGGACGCCAGGGGGGAGCGCGUACAAACGUACGAUCCCGGGGAGGAGCUGUUUUCGGGUAUCGUGAACAUCACGGACAGCAUGACGGAGAACAUGACGCAGUGCCUAUCAGAAUGAAAAAUGCCCCCACCCUCGAACUUGAAAGCAUUUGUAUUGCAAACCUUUCCAAAUGAAACAUUCGCCCUCUUGCACCUAUCAGCAUCACAGGUUUGUAAUCGUGAAUAGCGAAAAUUUGUAUUGCAAAAGACCCCAGCAAGAGCGGCGUUUGUCAUGCAAGCGAUGCGAUACACGACUAGACUCUGCAUCAGAAAGAUUCAUACUCCUUUCAUGCAUGACAAAAAGUUUUCAUUUGGAAACUUCGCAUCACAAAUUUUUGCAAUUUGAGGGGUGGGGGGCACUUUUCACUGCAAUAGUGCCUGCGGAUCAACUCUGUGAACGGGAGUUUUUUCCCCUAUCCGCCCGACCACCUUGGUUGUCCGGAGUUCAAUAUCGAAUGCAAAUAUGUCUGGGUCUGGAAGGAUGCAACUUGUGAUGCGCAUUUCACAACACUCAAAAACCUCUCAUGCAUAGGUAGCAAAAGCUGCCCACUUUCUGUCACCAAAGUGGGGGACUUGUCAUGCUGAUUCGGCAUUGCGGAAGCUUCUCGAAACCUGUGAUGCUAGACCUUCCAUGCCAGACCUUCUGUGUCAUGCAAAAACAGCAUGACUCUUCCAGACCCAGACACUUUUACAUUUGAUAUUCAAGGCGAUUCCCUUCGAGUACUUGGACUUCUAUCAGUUCCCGGCGCCCAUUCCGGCGGCCGGGUGGAUGGCACUGUAUCUUGCCUUCCUGCUCCUUUUCAUCUGCGGCAAGCGAUCCUUCUUAGUGUACAAGGACUGGGAGCUCAACGCCAGCGCGAAGGUCAAAGACCUCAAACAGGGGGCAGAAGAUGGGGCACUAGCAGGAGGUCGUGAUCUUCCGGGAGUAGAUGCAACAACUUCUCCGGGAGUAGCCGGUGGGAACGAGGAGAAGGGGACCGACGGAGCGAAGGUUGAAGACCACAGGAACGAGCAGGCGAGAAGUAUUAGUAGUCCAAAGGCCAAGAACAGGAGUACGACAACAUCUACUUCGCCUGCUGUUCGAUCUUCCCCGGCGCAUCGUGGUCUGCCCGUCACCCCUAUCAAAUGCAAAAAUGUCUGGGUCUGGAAGGAUGCAACUUGUGACGCAUGUUGCGCAUCAUCCAAAAAUCUGUGUUGCGUGACUUGCAAAAGGUGCUCAUUUCUGGCCAUGCUGAGGGGCAUUUCUCAUGCAGAACAGGCAUCACAAAGGGGCUGCAGAUCCUGUGAUGCUAGGCCCUGCAUUCCAGACUUGGUGGAGCUUGGAAAAACUGCAUGACAAAUCUCGGUAGCGCAGUCUGUUAAGCAUGACAAAUCUCGGAAUCUUCCAGACCCAGACAUUUUUACAUUUGAUAACCCCCACGAAGUCCGACGCCGGGAGGAGUUCGGUGAUGUCGAUUGACAGUACAGGCUUCACGAUGGGGCAAAUAGGUUUGCCGCCAAAAGUGCCCUUUUUGGAAACCGAUCCGACCCGGGAGUACAUCACGUACCAGAUCAUUGUGCCCCUUUACCGCAUAUGGGACGCAAAUAUAAUGUCUGGGUCUGGAAACCUGUGACGCAAGGAAGGGACGAAUAGUGAGCACACUGUAUCUAUGAUGCGCUGCCAAGCAUGACAAAUUUUUCGGUGCUUCUGAGUUGCGUACUCCGCAUGAGAAAUUGCGUUUUUGCAUGACGGCCAAGAGGAGCUCUUCGCGGCCGCGCAAUACAAAUUUCCGAGUCAUGCCAGACUAGCAUGACACACAGGUCCUCUCGCAAUCUCCCAGACCCAGACAUAUUUGCAUUUAAUGCCGCAGAAUCAGACACGGGGAGAAGCUGAACUGGUGGAAAGAUAAAGAACCCGACGAGGAGGAAAAAGUUGGCACGACACCAGCAGAUGACGAGAAGGAUGAAAAGCGAGACAAAAUAGCUGAAAUCACGGAGCCGAUUCCCGGCCAGGACGAGGCGGAAGGUAAUCCGGACCAGGAUGUUGAUCCGAAUGCACCCCCUCGGCUUGAUCAGUUCUUCGACGGGCGGUCGAGCACGGGCGCGGCGGAGUCCGUCGCGACGGAGUCGGUAUUUGACGACCGGUCGUCCGUCUACACCUCCAAGUUCGACGACCAGACUAUGGCGUUCUCAACUGUUACACUCUCAACUGUUACAUGGAUUUGUGAUGCAAGAAUGGCAAAAGUCAAAGCAGGGAGGUUGCACCUGUAGCAAUACAAAUUCCCGCCGAUUUUUCAGGCGCUGUUUAACCUUUCCAAAAUUUGUCAUGCGAAGUAGCUUCACUUUGUGAAUGUUGAUGCUCGUUUUGCAUUACAAAUUAUGUAACAGUUGAGAACGCCAUACAGACGCCGCGAUCCCUGCACUCCCUGAAGUACACACCGCGCGUGCCCCCGCCCACACUCGACGCCAUCCUGGACACGCACCGCUCGUACGCCUCGCACGCGUCGGGGGCAAGUCGCCAGAGUCGUGCCAGCUCGCAGUUCACCGACCACGACACGGCGACGGAGGACGGCCGGAGCGAAGCGGGGGCCAGCUCCACGGCGAGCCGAAACUGGCAGCGCCUAUCAAGUGUAAAAAUGUCUGGGUCUGGAAGAUUGCCAGGUUUGUCAUGCAUAUUUUGCAUAACCCAUGAUGUCUGUAAUGCCUGGCCGACCAUCACAGAUUUUUAAGGGGCCUUCUGAUGCGUAUUCCGCAUCAGAAAUGUGCGCUCCGCGUAGCACAAACUGAACUCCUCUUGCUGGUCAUGCAAUACAGAUUUUUUUUACCUUCCAAAGACAGCAUGACAAGUUGCAUUCUUCCAGACCCAGACAUUUUUACAUUUGAUAGCGCCUCGCGUCCUACGAUUUGGGAAAGGACCACAUGUCAGAGCUGGGGAAGCGAGUGAAAAAACGCACCCUGAUAUCGUAUUUAAAAACGUCCCCACACCAGAGUCAAGAUGGGAAAUCUGCUAGACAAAUCAGCCAGCUUUGGUCAUUUGGCAUGACAAAUUUCUCCUCGUAGUGUAAUCCUCAUCCUGUUUAGGUAUUUCAGCAGCAUCACAGAUCUAGCAUAUCAUGCAGAUUAUAGCAUCACAAAUUCCAAAAGACGACGAGAAAAUGCCUCUCAUGGCGCUCCACAUGACAAACUUUUUUGGCAUGCAGAUUUGCAUCACAACUUUUGUGUGGGGACGUUUUUACUCAGGAUACCUGAACCGGGGCGCGACCGGAACCAUCGGCGACGAAGAUGCGGACGAAGGAGCGGACCGGCCCUCGAAGGGCCGCGGCACCAAGCAUUUGGGCGGAUCGACGUCGGGGGAGGAGGACGAGGACCGUGGUCCUGGGGGGCGAUCUCGCUCGGCAAAAGGUCGGCUGCAGCGGGCAGCGGACGUGACCAAGGCCGCGCGGAGGUUGCGCAGCGGCGGUCUAGCACAAGAUGAAGAGGACGAUGAGGGAAAUAAGGAGAGCAAAAGAUCUUCCAAGGACCAGUACCGGCGGUUGAGCGACAAAGGGCAGGAGGUUUUGAGACUGACGAAAGCUGCAAAGGGGUUUGGCAGCAGCAGUCGGGCCAGCGGGGACAGGGAUCGGUCCUCGGACGAGGAGGACACGAAGGGAAAAAGCUCUAAGGACCGCCUAAAGCGACUCAGCGACAAAGGGCAGGAGGUUUUGAGGUUGACGAAAGCUGCAAAGGGGUUUGGCAGCAGCAGUCGGGCCAGCGGGGACAGGGAUCGCUCGUCGGACGAGGAGGACACGAAGGGAAAAAGUUCUAAGGACCGCCUGAAGCGACUGAGCGACAAGGGCAGCAGUCCGGAAAGAGGUAAAAGAAAGCGCGACUCAACAUCUGAUGACGAUGAUCAUCAUGAGAGGAAACGAGACAAGGAAAAGAGCAGAUCUUCGUCCUCGAAGCACCGAUCUCCCUCGCCCCACAACACCAAACGACGCAGCAGCAGCGAAGAUGUUGGCGAACAUUCGGACGGCACACCGAGAGAGGACCACCGACGCAGCGAGGAGGAUGCGGAAAUAUUAA